AUGUUUUCCAGUGCUCCAAAUUAUACGAAGCUAAAGACGAAUCUUCGCCUGGCCGUGAAUCGGCUUAAGUUGCUGGAGAAGAAAAAAACCGAGCUAGCGCAGAAGGCUCGCAAGGAAAUCGCAGACUAUCUGGUGGCCGGGAAACCCGAACGUGCCAAGAUCCGGGUGGAGCACAUCAUUCGCGAGGACUACCUAGUGGAGGCGAUGGAGAUCGUGGAAAUGUACUGCGAUCUGAUCCUGGCUCGUUUCGGUCUCGUGACGCAGAUGAAGGAGCUAGACGAAGGCAUCGAGGAAGCAGUCAGCAGCAUCAUCUGGGUUGCCCCGCGUUUGCAGGCGGAUGUGCUGGAACUGAAGCUGUGCUCCGACAUUUUCACCAUUAAGUACGGAAAACAGUACGCGGAGCAGGUGCGGGCUGCAAUUCCCCCACACAAGGUAUCUGACAAGCUGAUGCAUAAGCUGGCCAUUCAGGCUCCACCGAAGCUACUGGUUGAGAAGUAUCUGAUAGAGAUUGCCAGAAUAUUCAAUGUGGAUUAUGAGCCCGAUCCGCUCGUGAUGAAGGACGAUCGAUCAAGCAUAAUGGAUGGCGGGAUGGAUACACUGAUUGAUCUGGCGGAUAAGAACAAUUUAGAUGGUUCGUCAGGUGGAGCAGGAGCGAGUGGUGGUGGAUCAAGUGGUAGCGGUGGUAGUGGUGGAGGUGGUACGGCAGUUGCGCCUGCAAGUGUAGGAUUUGUCGCAUAUCCUCCUGCAGCUCCCCAGAUUCCAGUACUUCCACCGAUCAUUCCGUUCCAAUACCCGGCUGGACCAAGCGGACAAAACUUUGGUGGAGCAUCAGCUCCACCAUUCAAUUACAACAUACCACCAAACUCAUCUGAGAAGGAAGAGGUGAAAGAUUUGAACAUAAACUCGAUCUUUAUUAACGAGGAAAAGGGACCAAGUAACCCUACCGGUCCGCCACCGUCUUAUUCCUCCCUUAGUCCUGAUGAUAAUAUGCAGAAUUCAUCUAAACCAAAACCUCAGCCAAGGUCCAAAUUCUCACCAGAGAUGAACUUUCCACCACUGCCAAAUGUGCCGAUGGAUUUACCUGAUGUACCGGAUGCUAACGAAAACAAGACCGACAAUGAUGAAAUCGACUUCGAUGAUCUAUCUCGCAGAUUUGAAGAGCUCAAGAGAAAAAAAUGAAUCCUCUGUACUAACGUACUAGCAUCUUAUAGCUUUACCGUUCGAUAGAAUUGGAAAGGCAACAUAUGUUUUUCGGGCGGCGCUUUGUCGGAGAUAUUAUAUCGUUGAUGUUAACAUAUGUAUAUUUAUGUUAAUAUUGUUUUAUGUUUAUCGUUUAGAUGAGGAGAUAAAGUAAAUUGUGUAACUAUGAUUAAAUUCAA